CGGAAUGGAAUGGGGGCGGGCCCUGGGUGGGGCGGAAUCCCCCUGGGCUGCGAGCGGGGAGCUGACUCGGACGCGCUCUCUCCGCAGGUCGGGGCUGACGUCGCCGCCCAGAUGGCCUCCAGGCUGCUGACCCCGCUGACCCUCCUGCUGCUGCGGCUGCUGCUGCUGGCCGGGGACACAGCAGCGUCAAAUCCGAAUGAAACUAGCCCCAGCCUGGUGGUCCCAGAAUACGGGCCAGGGGAGAAUGAAGGGAGCAUCAGGUCCUCCGAGGACCGCUACUACGAGGACCCCCACUACGAGGACCCGGAGUUGCUGAACAACACCAGCCACUGGCCCAAUUUCACAGCCAGUAGCACCAUCGAGCCCACUUUGCAGUCUAACGGAACCCCAGCUGCGGAACCAGAGACCCAGACCAGCGCGGAGCCCACCGCCCAGCUGGAGCCCACCUGCCCGGGGCCUGUGCUCCUCUGCUCUCCUCCAGAAAGUCAUUCCGCCGAAGCCGUGCUGGGGGACUCCUUGAUGGAUUUCUCCGUGGAACUCUACCACGCCUUCUCGGCGAGGAAGCAGCCUGAGACCAACAUGGCCUUUUCCCCUUUCAGCAUCGCCAGCCUCCUCACUCAGGUCCUGCUCGGGGCCGGGAACACCACCAGGAGAAACCUCGAGCGUGUCCUCUCCUACCCCGAGGACUUUGCCUGUGUCCACGAGGCCCUGCAGGCCGUCACCUCCAAAGGCUUCACCUCCGUCUCCCAGAUUUUCCACAGCCCAGACCUGCUCAUAAAGGACAGCUUUGUCAACGCAUCUCAGAGCUUGUACGGCACCAGCCCCUCAGUGCUGGGGAAUGACAGUGACGCCAACUUGGAGCUGGUCAACGGCUGGGUGGCAAAGAACACCAACCAGAAGAUCCCCCAUCUGCUCGACAGCCUGCCAGCUGACAUCCGCCUCAUCCUCAUCAAUGCUGUCUACCUGAGUGCCAAGUGGAAGAUGGACUUUAACCCGAAGAACACCAAGACACAGCCCUUUCACUCCAGAUCGUCCAGGAUCAAAGUGCCCAUGAUGAUGCACAAGAAGUACCCCGUGGCACAGUUCGUCGACCGCACGCUGAAGGCCAGGGUGGGCCAGCUGCAGCUCUCACACAACCUCAGCAUGGUGAUCAUCAUGCCCCAGCACCUGAACCAACAGCUGGAGUCAGUGGAGCAGGCGCUCAGCCCCGAGGUCUUCAAGGCCAUCAUGAAGAAGCUGGAGAUGACCAAGUCCCAGCCCACCUACGUGACGCUGCCCCGCCUCAAAGUGAAGAGCAGCCAGAACAUGCUGACCGUCCUGGAGCAGCUAGACUUCUAUGACUUUGCUUACGACCUGAACCUGUGCGGGCUGACGGACGACCCCGAUCUGCAGGUGUCGGCCAUGGAGCAUCAGGCGGUGCUGGAGCUGACGGAGUCGGGGGUGCAGGCGGCCGCCGCCACGUCGCUCUCGGUGGCCCGCAACCUGCUGCUCUUCGAGGUCGAGCAGCCCUUCCUCUAUGUGCUCUGGGACCAGCAGCACAGGUUCCCCGUCUUCAUGGGCCGCGUGCACGACCCCCGGGCCUGAGCCCCGCCUCCCCCCCCGCCCCCCCACCCCCCACCAAGGCUGGCUGGGCCCCGCCCUCCCACUUGGCCCCACCUUGCCCAGGCUGGCCCCCAGCCCCCUUCCGCCCUGCCCAUUCCGGUCCUCCACUCUCAGGACAGACGUCCCGUGGGGACUGGCCUGGGGACUGGCCAGCGGCUUUGGCCCCUCGCUGUGACUUUUUAAACUGCUGGGUGUGGGGGUCUCUGACUCCGCCUCAUGGGGCUUUGCGAAUAAAACUUGGCAGACCCAGAGCUUCCUUCGGUCGUUUCUGUUCCCAGCGCCCCGUCUCAGCCAGCGGUGGCUGGUCCAAACCCCAGUGGGUUGGCCGGUGCCGCCGAGGCCUGGCUGACCUUCCCUGGGUUCGCUCCAGCAUCAGAGCCAGUGGCCUGGCUGAAGGAUGCCUGACGUCCAGUGGCCCCCUCUCAGACACUGUCUCUCCUCUGGGGUCUCUGACCCCUUUCCAGCAGACUGCCCACCCCACCAUGGAGAGUGCAUCCCAUAGGGUUCCCCCCCGCAGCACUGCCAGGAGUAAUUCCUGAGUGCAGAGCCAGGAGGAACCCCUGCGCAUCACCAC